AUGGAGGCCAUCGCUGUGGAUCCAGACUUGUACGCCCCUGAAUGCGCUUAUAGCCCCGAUGACUGGCAGUCUAUUCCAUCUGAUGAGCAACAAUUUGAGACUUAUGAGGCAGGGCAUCUCGUGGAUCUCAUCAUGGACUCAGAUCGAGCCAAUCCACUGUUUCGGUCACCCAUCGGCACUGACAGAGAACGCCCGCUACAGGUUCUUGAUAUCGGAACUGGAAAGGGUACUUGGGCCAUAGAUGUCGCCGAUAUGUUCCCGAAUGCUACUGUCCGAGGCGUUGAUCUUUUCCCACCUCCGGUCACCUGGAUGCCGCCCAAUUGCGUCAUUGAGGUUGAUGAUGUGCUGCAAGACUGGAUGUGGCGCGAACAAUUUGAUCUAAUUCACAUGCGCAAUAUGAUCGGAUCAUUCGACUCUUCUGAGUGGGACCUUGUUUACCAGCAGUGUUUUGAGAAAAUGGCCCCUGGUGGGUGGAUCGAGCAGAUCGAGGUCGGGCCUUUCAUCACAAGUGAUGAUGGGACUCUCCCAGCCGAUAGCGCCUUGUCCUCAUGGGGUCCACUUAUGCAGACAUGCGGUGACCGCGCUGGGCGCUCAUGCGACAUUGUCCUCACCAUGUCGGAGAGCAUCCAGAACGCUGGAUUUGUGGACGUGCACGAAAAGAUCUACAAAUGGCCAAUCGGGCCAUGGCCCAAAGACCAAAAGUUCAAGGAGGCAGGUGUGGUUAAUUGCCAACACUGGAUGUCUGGUAUGGAGGGGUGGUGCAUGUGGCUGCUAACGAAAUUCGGUGACCCUGAGCCGUGGACUAAGGAGCAAGUCCAUGUAUACUGUGCCAAGAUACGCAGUGAACUCAAGAACCCAUACUACCAUGCGUAUCACAAAGCCAGAAGAGUGUGGGCUCGCAAGCCGAUGCCUGGGGAAGUCCCGCCUAGGUCCUCAAAAUCCAGUUCGGGUUCUGCUGGGGCAAAAUAA